CUCAACAACCUUACAACUAUAAAUAUGAUACUGAUAGUCUAGUUAUAAUUUUUUUAAAAGAUAUUUUACCCGAUUUUAAAUAAAUCUUGUUUUAGAUAAAGGAGAAAUCAAUGGAUGAAUAAUUUGGAAUUCUUAAUCUUUUGAAGGCACACUGAUUGUGAUGGCUAUAAUAUUGUAUGAAAUCAAUAAAGAAAUUUAAAAAAACAAGUCAAGUCAAGUUAUGUCAUUGAAGACAAUGAAGUACAACAAGCUCACUAACAGUAUACUGAAUAAUAAACACAACCAAGUUAACUAAGUAAAAGUCAGUUAAACUAGAAGUUUAGUGUGUGAAUCACUCAAUUAGUGAUGAAAUUAUUAUUUUUUUAAAUAUUUUUUUAAGGGAUUCAAUUAAUUAAACAGAACUGACUACUAAUGGGAAUGGAAAGUGGAGACACAACAAUGAAUGGAGAGGAUGCAGGAGAGACAACAGCAUCCUCACCAAAAAAAUUGCGAGUGAAAAAGAAAAGCACACUAGCCAAGUUAAAAGAAAAAAAGCAAAGGGAAUUAGGCUCUAGCGCAUCAUUACAAAAAAUCAAUAGUAACAAAGUUGAAAAUGUUUUUGAAGACACACUUGUGUCCACUAACAAUAGUGACAUUACUGUGAAUUCUGGUUAUAUUCACUUAUCAACUAAAGAUCCUCCAGAACCAAGAAAAGACCAAGAAAACUCAGAAAAGGAGAGCAGGCCCAAACCUAAACCAAGAGGGUCAAGACGACCAUCUGAAACUUAUGUGGACAAUUUAAAGUUUGAUAAUGAAAUAAAUGCAGAGAAGAAAGAUUCUGAAAAGGAAAAAAAGAAAAAUCUGGAUAGCUCUGAGACAUUAGGCAGCUCAAAUGACAUUAAGAUACUUGGAGUGGAAAAGUUGGGAUCAGCAGAAUUAACACUUAAUCAAGGAGGCUUCAUUCCUAAACCUCCACAGACACCAAGAACUCCAAGAACAACACCCAGAACUCCCAGAGGUUACAUCAUAGGGAAAGGUGAGAAAAAAAAGCAUGAACUUGAGUCAUCUUGUGAUGAACCAGAGGUACAGGAAAAACUUAAAGAUGUUAAUGACCUACAAAAUAGCUUAGAAGUUCCUACCAGUAUAAAAAAUUCUUCAGACAAUGUUACAAGUCUAAAUAAUUCCAGGAGAAUCCCAGGGCAGGUCAAACAUGGUGAUAGAUUGCUGAAAAGGAGAAGUUCUAAAGAAAGUCUUGGUGAGAGUACCAAUCCUUAUUCAAGUAAACCUCCAAUCAACCAAAGUUUGACUAGUUUAAACAACUCAAAUAACAACAGCAAUAAUAAAUUAAAUACUGGUACCAACUUUUUAAAAUCAAACAGUGUCUCUGAACCUUCCAAAGACAGAUUUUUAAAAUUCACAAAAAGCUCUGUUCCUGGUCAAGCAUUACAAACAACAGAUAUCAGCAGCUCCACCAAGGAAAAAAAUCUCUCUCACUUGUCACUGACUAGUGUUCCUAAUUUAGAGUCUUCCAUCGCUAGUAGCAAAAGUGAGGUCAAUACCUUGCAUAUGCAUUAUGAACGUUUACUUUUGUCUGAUCUUGAGGAUGGCAACAAUAUUGAAGCUCCUCAAGGCUCCCCCCUAUUAGAUCCAAUUAGUCCAAAGUCUCAACCCCCACCCCUCACUAAGGAAUUUUCCUCAAAAAGCCUAAGGACUUCUUAUAAAAUUGAUCCAAACAUUAAAAAAAUUACACCAUUGGGUCAGACAGAUUCUACAGUUGAUAAAGCAGAUAGUGGAGAUUGUUUGUCCCAGAAAUCAUAUAUGUCAGUCAGUGUCUUGCCUCUCAUAACUACAAAAGAAGCAAGAUUAAGGUGAGUUAUUUUCUUCGUUAAGUUCAGCCAAUACAAUUUUUGCUCUGUUAUUAAGCUGUGUGUAAAAAUAGGAAUGUUCAAUCCAAAAACUGUAACAAGUGUCAAUUUUUGUUUAGUAAAUCUUGUAAAUGUUAAAAUUUUCAUGGAAAAACAAGUAACAUUUUUUAAAUUUCCAUUACUGAUUGAGCUACCGGUACUUUAAUCUGUAUGAUUUAAUAAUUGCCUGUCAUCUGAUAUUAAAAAAAAGCCAAUUAAUAUAAAUCACAGUCAAAUUGAUAAUACCAAAAUAUGUUCCCACUUACUGAACUCAGAAUUGCACCUCCAGAACGUAUUAUUGGGACCGAGGCACCAGAUCAUUUAUCCUCAGAAAUUUAUCGCUACUUUCCAGAAAGAAAAGUAAACGUAUUUGUUGGCACUUGGAAUAUGAAUGAGCUAAAGGUAAACUCACUUUUAUAAAUUCAAAUAUUUUUACCCAGCUUGACAUCUUGUUUCAUAAAGUUUGACAUUGCUGAAACAUGACAAAGCAUUGAGCAAGAAAUAAAUCUAUUUAUCAACAGUUUUAUUUAAAAACAUUUAUUCCAUUGUAAAUCCUCAUCAACUCUCCCCAGGAGGUGAGCACACCAUUAGAGGACUUUCUUUUGCCUGAAAAAUGUGACUUUGUUCAGGAUAUUUAUGCUAUAGGCACUCAGGAAAAUGUUACCAACAAGUAAUCUUUUCAAAUUAAUAUUGUCAAUUUAAAACAUUUUAUUUUUUGUCUAUGAAUAUGAAAGUAAAUUGGGACAAGCUAUUUUUUCUCAUUAAAAUGCUAUUUUGGAAAACAAAUAAAAAAAAAAAAGUGGCUACAUUUUAAUGACCAAUUUAUUUAUUAAAAUAUUGAAUUUCUCAUAAAUAUUUAGAAUAAGUUGUGAUAUCAUUUACUUGAUUAAUAGUAUUAGUUUCAACAAGUCAGUGAUAACUAUUUUUAACAUUUUUUAUUUCAGUCCCAUUUUGUUAAAAAAUGUUUCAUUUUCAUUAAUUAUUGUGAUUAAGCUGUGGUUGUAAUUUUUGUAAGAAGACAAAAAUCUCCUAGCGAAAAUGAUUCUAUUUCUAUCAAGGAAAGAGUGGGAAAUAAAGAUCCAGGAAGUUCUCGGACCAUCCCAUGUUCUCUACCACUCAAUUUCCCAUGGCUCCUUGCAUCUGGUGCUCUUCAUAAGACGAGACCUCAUUUGGUUUUGUUCCUGUAAGUUGAAAGCUGACAUUGUGUUGGUGGCAGAGAACUCAUUGAACAGUUUCAACAUUAUUCUAAUUGUUGCCUCUGUCAAAUGUCAACACACAUGAUUAAAUACUUUUGAAAACUUAUUGAAAUCAGUCGACUAGGUUAAAUUAUAAUUUUGAUUAUUAAGUUAUUAAAUAUUAAUAUUAUUAAUAUAUUUGAACAAGAGAUGAUAUUAAAUCAUUAAAUAAAUUCAAGUUUUACCAACUAUUCUCAUUAUUAUUGCAGGUCCAGAAGAUGAUAUCAUUUCUCUAAGGGCCUUAAGUAUGGUGAAAACUAAAGGAGCCAUUGGCAUUUAUAUGACAUUAUUUGGAACUUCUUACCUGUUCAUCAACUGUCAUUUGACAUGUAAGCUUAUCAUGGCCACUAAUGUUACAAGUUUUAUACUAUGUUAACUCAUGGUCUCGUCUAUUAUAAAAGUUUUAUGCUAUAUAAACUCAUAGUCUCUUCUAUUAUAUAAGUUUUAUGCUAAGUAAAAUCAUGGUCUCUUCUUAUACACAUUUUAUACCAUGUUAACUCAUCGUCUCAUCUUAUAUAAUGUUUAAACUAUGUAAAUUCAUGGUACCUUCUUAAAACUAAGUUUUAUCUUAUCGGCAUCAAACAGCUGCUUUACAUUCGGUUCCUUUCACAUUCCACACAGCUGACAGAGAUAACGAUACCUCCCGCAAGAAACAUAGACUUGGAGAUUAUCUCAAAGUGAUACAAGAUCUCAAGCUUCCCAAAGGUUUCCAAGCUUCACCUUCAGCCAAGAAAUUAGGUGAGGCUCCAGAAAGAGUAACAGCACAGCACACACCACAGCACAGAAUACACAACAGCACAGCAUACACAACAGCACAGAAUACACAACAUCACAGAAUACACAACAGCACAGAACACACCACAGCACAGAAUACACAACAGCACAGCAUACACAACAGCACAGAAUACACUGGCAAGAUUAGUUCUCAAAACAUUCCUAUUAUUUCUACCAUGUUCAUUUGGUGCUCUUCUCUUUCACUUAAAAUGUAAAAAAUAACAUUGUUUAAACUGAAGCCUUCAGAGAACAAAGAGGGGUAAUAAGGGGAGAGACUGCAAUCAGGUUAGUACAAAAUAAAAUGAGUAAAACAGCGAACACUUCUAUUGCUGCCCACAGAUACUACUUACCAGCUAAGUGCUAUUUCUAAUUUUUAUUUUUAUACCGUUUUUUCUGUUAUUUUGUUCGCUGACGAAGGCUUUCUGCCGACACGUUCGCUGUUUUGUUGUGUUUAUUUUUUCAGGUUUAACCCUACUCUGUUUUACUCAUUUUAUAGAGAGCAAAGAGACAUUGUUCACCAGGGACUGAGUAAGGGGUCGCAAGUAAGGGGUCCCAAGUAAGGGGUCCCAAGUAAGGGUCCCCAACCAAACGGCCAAUGAUUGGCGUGGAAGCCUCUAAGCAUGGGCAUAGGAAGAGGUGGAAUGGUUGGGGGUGAGGGGGGGAUUUUCACCCAAGGCUGUUCUUAUUUUGAGGUGGCCUUUCCUGACUACUUCAUACACUUUUAAUUGCUUACUUUUCUCUAUGUAUCAUCUAUGUAUUGUUUAUUUGUCUCUAUGUAUCAUCUAUGUAUUGUUUAUUUGUCUCUAUGUAUCAUCUAUGUAUUGUUUAUUUGUCUCUAUGUAUCAUCUAUGUAUUGUUUAUUUGUCUCUAUGUAUCAUCUAUGUAUUGUUUAUUUGUCUCUAUGUAUCAUCUAUGUAUUGUUUAUUUGUCUCUAUGUAUCAUCUAUGUAUUGUUUAUUUGUCUCUAUGUAUCAUCUAUGUAUUGUUUAUUUGUCUCUAUGUAUCAUCUAUGUAUUGAUUAUUUGUCUCUAUGUAUCAUCUAUGUAUUGUUUAUUUGUCUCUAUGUAUCAUCUUUGUAUUGUUUAUUUGUCUCUAUGUAUCAUCUAUGUAUUGAUUAUUUGUCUCUAUGUAUCAUCUAUGUAUUGUUUAUUUGUCUCUAUGUAUUCUCUAUGUAUUGUUUAUUUGUCUCUAUGUAUCAUCUAUGUAUUGUUUAUUUGUCUCUAUGUAUCAUCUAUGUAUUGUUUAUUUGUCUCUAUGUAUCAUCUUUGUAUUGUUUAUUUGUCUCUAUGUAUCAUCUAUGUAUUGAUUAUUUGUCUCUAUGUAUUCUCUAUGUAUUGUUUAUUUGUCUCUAUGUAUCAUCUAUGUAUUGUUUAUUUGUCUCUAUGUAUCAUCUAUGUAUUGUUUAUUUGUCUCUAUGUAUCAUCUAUGUAUUGAUUAUUUGUCUCUAUGUAUCAUCUAUGUAUUGUUUAUUUGUCUCUAUGUAUUCUCUAUGUAUUGUUUAUUUGUCUCUAUGUAUCAUCUAUGUAUUGUUUAUUUGUCUCUAUGUAUCAUCUAUGUAUUGUUUAUUUGUCUCUAUGUAUUCUCUAUGUAUUGUUUAUUUGUCUCUAUGUAUCAUCUAUGUAUUGUUUAUUUGUCUCUAUGUAUUCUCUAUGUAUUGCAGUUUUUGUUAAUCAGGGGCAGAAAAGUCAAAUGCCUCCCUGGGCAUCACAAAUUCUAGCUACUCCACUGCCUCAAGGCUAUAUCUUGUGGCUGGCAAUGUAUACAAAUUUGCAUAUCAUAAAGGUUUUUUUUAAUCUAAAAAAAAAAGCAACAUUUGUUGCUAUUGUUAGACACUAAAGAAUAUAUGAUUAAAUAUGCUUCUGAUGUUUCUAAAUAAGACAUAUUAUUUCCAUCUCUAAAAACCGACAUAGGGCCAGAGGAUAUCACAGCUAGAUUUGACUGUGUCUUCUGGUUUGGAGACCUCAACUUUCGUAUAGAACAUGAACGCCAGACAGUUGUUCGUAAGGUCAAUGAGAUAACCUCUGAGGAUAUCCCCAACUUUGAGGCCCUCCUCGGGGCAGAUCAGCUGCUGAAAUAUAUGAAGGAAGGUGGGUGCUCAAAUAUGUAAUACAUGAUUGAAGAGGGUUACUCAAAUAUUUAAUACAUGAUUGAAGUGAAGGUGGCUACUCAAAUAUAUCUGACAGAAACAAGUGACAAGCAUGACAAGCACCUUCUGAAAGUGUUAUUAUGAUGGAUUUGACAUUAGAUUCAACACAUCUGUCAUUUAAAAUAUUGCUUCCAUUUACGCCCAUUUACUUCUAUGAGGUUGUCCACAAUGACAAAAUUUUGGUAUAUUAAUAAAAAACAUAACUAAAAAAUGUUGACCCAGUAAAUUGUCCCACCUCUGGUCCAUGGUAGACCUCUGGUCCAUGAUAGACCUCUGGUCCAUGGUAGACCUCUGGUCCAUGGUAGACCUCUGGUCCAUGGUAGACCUCUGGUCCAUGGUAGACCUCUGGUCCAUGAUAGAUGGCAUUGAAAGAAACAUGUGUAAUGAUAAACUUGGUGUAAUUUUUGUAACAAGGGAAUCAUAAUCAAAUGUGUCCACAAAGGAAUCAUAAUCAAAUGUGUCCACAAGGGAAUUGUAAUCAAAUGUGUCCACAAGGGAAUCAUAAUCAAAUGUGUCCACAAGGGAAUUGUAAUCAAAUGUGUCCACAAGGGAAUCAUAAUCAAAUGUGUCCACAAGGGAAUCAUAAUCAAAUGUGUCCACAAGGGAAUUGUAAUCAAAUGUGUCCACAAGGGAAUCAUAAUCAAAUGUGUCCACAAGGGAAUCAUAAUCAAAUGUGUCCAUUCAUUUCAAUGUUCAUAAUUAUUGUUCUCUAGAGAAAAUAUUUGGAGGCUUCCAAGAAGGCCGUAUCAACUUUCACCCAACUUUUAAAUUUGAUCUGAACAAAGACGACUAUGACACUUCAUCUAAAAACAGGGUCCCUUCUUAUACAGUAAGUUUCAUCAUUUCAAUUUCAAACAAAAUUUUAAUAUUUUGUGCUGCUACUGUAAUUUAUUGUUCAAGUCUGUCACAAAUUUCUUAUUUACUAUUGUGUUUGAUGGCGUCGUCUCCGUUGUCUGGGUCUAGGGGUAUGAUAAUUUACUACACACUGUCAAUGUACACCAGUACACAAGAGUACACAAACACUGGACUCAAGAGUUAUUAGUGGUGAUUAAUAAUGAGCUUUAUUAUCAUAAUCUACAACAAUCUAAUCUAAGUAUCCUCCCAUGAGUACUGUGGGUUCUGCUAACAAGUUUAGCCAAAGAACCACACAUACAACAUGGAUCACAACACUACUACUAUUUACUACCACUACUAAUACUACUACUACUACUAACACCAACUACUAGCAAUAACGCUGAUACGUUCAGCGUCCUACCCCACUCGCUCUCCCUGCUCUACUGACCAACUGACCACCUGCACACGCUACCGAACUACCCCAUUUCCCUUUGUAUCCCUACGCUAUACCAGAACUUAUAGUUCGCCUGGCACAAAACAGGCGCUCAGGGAUUCUAACAACUUGACAAAGUCCAAGGAGUAAAAGAGCUAAUUGAUAACUAACUCUCUUUAAUUGUUAACUAACUCACUGUAAUUGUUAACUAACUCUCUGUAAUUGAUAAAUAACUCUCCUUAAUUGAUAACUGUCUGUAAUUGAUAACUGAAUAUCUUUUAUUGAUAACUAUCUUUUAUUGAUAACUAACUCUCUGUAAUGGAUAACUAACUAUCUUUUAUUGAUACCUACCUUUUGUUUGUCUGUUGGCUGAAGAAGGCUCUAAGCCGAAACCUUCAUGUCUUACUGUCCUGUCUUUUGACUCAAGCUUCCACAUUACCUUGUUUGACUAUUUCAUGGAGAAAGUAGAAUGGCUUAUUGACAAUGAUCUGAUUGUGUCCCAACUAGGACAGGGUCAUGUUUCGAUGUAAGAGGAAAAAUGACAUCAGCUGUAUUGUCUAUGAUGCUGUUAUGGAUAUCAAAGUUUCUGACCACCGCCCAGUGUUUGGACACUAUGAGACUGGCAUCAGACCAGGAAAUGAUAAGUAAGACUCUCUGACAACAUUCUUAUUGUUCUAGUGCUGGUGACAUUUGUACUGGUAUAUAAAGCAAAAAUGUUCAUUGGAUGUUCUAAAGAAUGUUUAAUCAUUACAGAUUAUGCCAUUGACUACAGUAUCUAUUUAAAGUAGUAAUUUCAUUUUUAAACAAAGAUAAAACAAUUUAAAGCUAUGCAACUGAUCCUGGGACAACAUUACUAAUCCCUUGUUACAUUUAUGUUGUUUCUUUUCUUCUGUUUUCUCAGCAUGGUAUACGGGGCUGCACAAUUUGACAGAGCUGUUUAUUUGGAAGGUAAAUUACCUGGACCAUGUAAUAGAACAUUUAUCAUGUGGGAACAUAAUUACCAUGUAUUCUGAAUGGGCAGAAAUUGAUUUGAUUAGUGAUGAAGACUUUGAUAGCUUGCACAUUAUCCACAUAGACAAAAUGCUACGACUGAAAACGCAUCCAUGUAUUACUGUCUCUAACAAAGUUAUAUAAUAUAUGUAUAUUUAAAAUGGUUCUUAACUUGGUUGUUGUACUUUUUGUCCAGCUAAUCGCAGACGAGCGUCAUCAAAGCCAAAUGUCAAAAAGCAAAGUUCCGUCUGCUUGAUACAGUGACAGGAACAAUAAAGCCAGAGCGGCUGACAGUCUCAUUGCAAAAUGUUGUGAUCGUAAAUGAUCACACAAACGCCUUCAAAUUGUGUUGCAUCCCACGAGAAUACGAUCAUAAUGUAAAUAUUUUUUAUUAUUAAUGUAAUAAUGUAUAUUCCUAUAAAAAAUGUUUUUUCUGUUUAGAAAUAGUCAAAGAAAGCUGCCAACCGUAUCAUUAGAGAUUCAUUGAUUCCCAUCGUCUGUAUCAUUAGAGAUUCCUUUGUUCCCAUCGUCUGUAUCAUUAGAUAUUCAUUUGUUCCCAUCGUCUGUAUCAUUAGAUAUUCUUUUAUUCCCAUCAUCUGUAUCAUUAGAUAUUCAUUUAUUCCCAUCGUCUGUAUCAUUAGAUAUUUAUUUGUUCCCAUCGUCUGUAUCAUUAGAUAUUCUUUUAUUCCCAUCGUCCGUAUCAUUAGAUAUUCAUUUAUUCCCAUCGUCCGUAUCAUUAGAUAUUCAUUUAUUCCCAUCGUCUGUAUCAUUAGAUAUUCAUUUAUUCCCAUCGUCUGUAUCAUUAGAUAUUCAUUUAUUCCCAUCGUCCGUAUCAUUAGAUAUUCAUUUAUUCCCAUCGCCCGUAUCAUUAGAUAUUCAUUUAUUCCCAUCGUCCGUAUUGGUUGACAAUCAAACCGGCCACUUGUGAUAAUUGUAAAGAUGUGUUCUUGGCAGCGGUACCAUGACUCUAAUGGUAAAUAAAUUAUAUGCUGGCAUUACUGUUACAUGGUCAGUAUUGUUUUAUCCCUUCAUCCCUACGAGAGGAAAAUAUGUCUGCUUGACCUCCCCCCCUCUCUCAAGGAUGACUUCAAAUCAUUGCUAAUGAUAUCAUUAGACUUUUACGGGGGACUUCAAAUCAUUGCUAAUGAUAUCAUUAGCCUAAUGGUUUGAGAUAGAAUUUCUGGGCUCUAGUUAUUGCAUGAACCUCAAGGCAACAUUCGAGCAUUCAGAUUUCAUCAUGAGGAUCAGAUAGGUUUGAGAGAAACUUGGUUUCACCAAGGUCAAAGGUAACUUUGAGACCUGCAUUUCUGAUUUGAUGGAAAUUUUCUAUGAUAUUCUACACAUAUGAAUUGAUGUACAUCAGGACUAUGGAUGUACUUUACACUGCCAUUCAAUAAAUCUCAGAGCUGAGCACAUGAUUGCUUCUUGCUACCUGGCACAAUGCACAUGAUUGCUUUGUGCUACCUGGCACAAUCUGCUAGGGAUUUUUGUAACUUGCUUUUAGAAACUGAAAGUUAAACCUAUUGAUCAUAUUUAGUUAGGAUUAGAUAAACCAUAUGUAGGCUAUCAAUCAGUUUUAAUGGAAAUAUUUUUAUUUAGAUACUAGCAAGGAAGAGCUUAUAAGUGGGGCGCUCAUUGGCCAGCUGGUAAAACCAGCUAAAUGACCUGGGAACUUGAAGGUGUUGAGUCAGCAAUCCUGACGACCUUUUUUAACCCCUCAUUGGCUUUGGCGCAUAAUCGAGGGGCACAUUAUAAAGUUUUAAUAAAACUGUUGACAAUAUUCCGUCCAUUUUUAAUGCUCAUCUUUAUAUGAUUUAUUACCAUUAUUAAAUUUAUAAACAAG